CUGCAUUUACUUUUAGUCUAUCAAACUAAUUGUACAAUACGCAGUCUGAGGUAUUUACUCAACAAAAGAAGUUGUAACAAUUUAGUUGCUUUUUUAUUUGAAAUAUCACCAAAAUGCACGUGUGCUCUAUGUCUUUCAUCUUGCUUUGUUUUUUGGUAUGGCAAGUUACAGUAGGAGAAGCGGCAGAAAGUUUUGCAAAUCUAACCGACGUAACGAACUGCACUCUGAUACCGAGAAAAACUCAGAUUACCGGAGAAUUGAGAGAAUUAAUCGACAAUGAAAACAGGAAAAUUACAAUAAAUGUUGAAAUAACUGGCGAGUUAGGACCUUUAGGCGAACAAUAUCCUGGUGGACUUUUUGAACCGAAGAAAUGGAUUUUGAUAACUGAGGAAGCAGGAAGGUCGUUACUGCUUUUCCCUGAUGACCAAGUUGCUAUGUCACUGUAUACGCUUUCGUUUGGCGUGAGCUCUCUUGCAGUAACGCUAGAUCAACAACCGGAAAAUUGUCUGAAUAGAAAUUAUUCUCUAGAUCAAAUUCUUAACACGAUCCGAUUCUACGUUCUUCGCAAUUUCACUGAAGAUGGAAGUGAUGUGCCUGAUAACUUUGAAGUAUGUAACCGGCAGGUCAUUUUCAAAGACGACAACAAAUCAGCGGAACUUAAAUAUAUUUGUUGUAACGAUGAAAUGGAAUCAUGUUACACUUUGGAACCCGGUAGAUGGAUGAACACACUAGAUAUAUGCUUAUUUAUUUUAGAGUUCGUUUUGCCUUUUCUAUGCCCUCUCUUAAUUCCGAAACAAAUUUUCAAAACACUUUCAACAUUUAGUUAUAUCCCGGAUCGAUGUCAUGGAAGGCCGCCGAAAUUGCUUGUGUGCAAAAUUUCUUCAAAUCCAAAUCCUCAACGGUAUACUCAAAUUGAAAUUUCGUUGCCUCAGUUUGAAACAUUCAUGAGUACAAAAUUACAAGGAAUUCACAGCCUUGAAGUGAAAUCGAUACAGCUUGAAGCAAGAGAAGAAAAACUGAUAGAGGAAGGCUCACAUCCAUUUGGAUUUUGGAACUUUCUGUUAAAGACAUUCGUUGAAUGCGAGAUGAGAAAAGGAGACGAUAAUUUGAACGACUGUUGUAAUCAAAACAUAUGUAAACCUUUCACAUGCUGCUACAUGUCAUGGAUUCAAUUUUUGAAAUGUAUCAUGUACUUGUUUCUUUUUGCAAUUUUUGUCUCGCCGUGGUUGUUUAGAGUUUUUUUCUUCUACAAAUAUGAUUAUCAGUUGUCUAGGGCAGUUGAGUCUGUCGGCAAUGACCUCAAUGUCGAAAUCAGUUCACCUUCAGGAGAGUCAGGAGAGUUUUUAUUUGAUUAUAUAAUUAUAGGCUUCGCAUUCCUAUUUUUCAUAUUUUACAGUUUAGCCACUGACGCAUUCCGUUCAUCGAUCAAGACAUUAUUAUAUGCCUGCAUCCAUGGGAAAAAUGAUGUUUCACAGUUGGUGUCAAGUUUUGUUACAAAUUCACUUUUUCCCUUUAAGAAAUGUGGACUUAUAUGUGGUUGCUUUUUGUUUGGGUUUUGGAUUGUGUUGGUUGUUCCAUUCCUUUUUUUAUUGUUGGUACUUCAGACCCUUCCUCUGCUAAAUGUCUUAAAUAAUUUCUUCUUUUUAUUUAGAGAAUUACAAAAAGCAGACAGAAUUUUGAAAUGGCGCUUUGCAUUUACGAGUUUUUUAUGUCUUGAAGUGAUAUUUCUUUUUAUACUCAUUGUUAACGGCUGCGUAAUAUUUUAUAUUAACUGCUUUGCAUAUGCAAUGAUAGGACUGCUACUAAAUUACGAUGACGUUUUUAAGUAUGUUUGUCUAAUAUCACUCUUUUUAGUUUACGGGUACAAUUGUUUUAACAAUAUACACAAACGAUAUUCUUAUUUCAGUAAAUUACUGAGUAGGAAACUACAGGGGAAAAUAGUCAAUCAAUUUAAUUUAGAUGACCAGGAAGAGGAAAACGACCCGAUAAACACCGCCCAUAUAGUGUCCUCCUUUUCUUACCAACAGCCAAAUGAAAUAUGCUUUACCUAUCUCCACCGAGAUUGGUUAUACUGGAGGGCUAGGCGCUUGGUAUAUUUUCUCGACAGAUCCGAAGCAAUUCCUACGCCAUACAUAUCUAAGCAGUUCUUCGGGGAAAUGAAUUCUAUUAAGAAUUCCGUAUGUCCAGGAUCCCAGUAUAUUCUUUACCUGAAGGCUUGUAGAGAUUUCAUCAUAGUUGUUAUCUUUCUAUUAUUCGUCUUAAUUGUCAUUUUCGCUUUGGGAAGAGCACAUGACCUUUCAUCAGGCGUUCAGACUAUUGUGGCAAUAGUCGGGGGUUUCUUACCGUUUGUAUUCGAGAAGUUUUUUUCUAAAUCCCACAUUAGAAAUAUGUCAGAAAUUGAAAACAGUCUUUGGGAAAAGAUAUUAGAAAAUAGAAUAGACAUUUUCGAAGAAUUGUGGAAGGUCCGAGAUAUCGAAGUUCAGGCUACCAGUGACACUCGUACUGUAUGCAGAUCAACGGGUUCGAUCCAGGGUGAAGUUUCGGAUACUCAGGAGUUUGAUUUUGUGGUAUCUGAAGAAACUACUCUGGCGGGAAAAAUAUCAAAACUAUUUGUUCCUAAUACAACUUUGUCUAUAGAUAAGGAAACUGAAAUGAUCAUUCAAAGCAGAGCAACAUAUGAGUCAUUACCCUAGAAAUAAUAACGAUUUUCAAUGUUAUUAAAAAAAUAAUUAGGAGAAUAUUCGAAAUGAACGAAAUAAUAAAAAAAUCAGCAAAUCCAUAAAUUAUGCUAGCGUUUCAUGGUUAUAUAACCGAUGAUAUUAUUUAAUUCAUUUUGCAUGACUCCGAAAAACAAUUAUUGCUUAUAGACAUUAUAUUUCCUUCCCCAUUUGUUAAAAAGUCACUGUUACAAGCUGCACAUGUUUUUAGUAAGUUCUCGUGGCUCCACUUUGUUUCGGCAGCCGAAUCCUAAGACGUUACUUGAUUGUUUUUUUCCUAAUUGUGUGGCUGCGUUUGUAUGCUUGUGAACCUAUAACGGUGCCCUACUGUUUUCUUAUGUGUUGCUUGUUCGUUUUUCUAUGUUAUUCAGUUGAACGUAGUUGUAUGUUUAUCUUUGGUACACGAGUGUCUGCGCUAUUGUGGUUUACGUUGUAGUGCGACUGUUUCUAAAGAACAUGGCAUUUCCUUGUAUAAUCGUCCUUGUUCAACUUUCCCCUUCGGGUUCACACCCCCCCCCCCCCCCAACGCCAUUUCGCCCUUUACUAUUUCCUUCCCCUCAAUCAAUAUUUAGCAUGAAUUAAUAUGUACUUGUUGGUUGUUUGAAGCAACCCGUCUGAAAUAUUUUUCCAUUACAGCUUCUUUUUGUUGUUGGCAAAUGCGUAGUUCUGGGUCUGGGUUUUUGGUGCUCUGUGCUUCCGAGAAAUCUACCCUUACCUAUUAUCUUUUGUUGUGUUUAUUAUUAGAAUGUAUAAUUAAUAUAUAAAAUGAUGUUAAUUUCAUACAGUCAGAUUUUCAAAGGAUCCUUUUUGAUUUUAUAACCAGAACAUGUUUCAUUUUCUGUUUUAUUUAUUUUAUGCAUACUUAAGGUAUUAGAUCACUAAAAGUAAUGUUUACAAAAUGGCAUUUGCUUGGUAUAUUCUGAAAGGUAACCGUGUUUUGCACUAUUUUGCAAAUUUUAAACAACUAUUACCGUGCC